AGUUUGCUCUGUACUGUAUUAUAGCAGAGACGUGAGACAGGCAGCUGCUUCAUUGUGGAAACUCAUCCCUUCUCAGUUACCUGUGGUUACUAGGACGGUCACUGUAUUCUGUCUCCGCUGUGCAGGAAAAGAGAGAAGAUGGCUAUGAAAGGCUGCCUGAGCGUAACAAAAUAUUUCCUGUUUGUCUUCAACCUGUUUUUCUUUAUACUGGGAGGCUUGAUGCUGUGUUUCGGGCUCUGGAUUCUAUUUGACAGAAGCAGUUUUGCCUCUCUAAUAAUAGGGUCAUCAUCGCCCACCUUGAAGUUUUGGUCCUAUGUGUUCUCAGGAACUGGGAUCCUUACAAUGUUACUGGGAUUUCUGGGCUGCCUCGGUUCGCUAAAAGAGAUCAAAUGUCUCCUGGGAUUUUAUUUUGCAUUCCUUCUCCUGCUGUUUGCGACUCAGAUUACUCUGGGAGUGCUGGCAUAUACACAGAGAAAUACCUUGAAAAACACAGUGGGGGAAUAUGUGAGACAUAUCAUAAAGAAUUAUGGAAAUCAUACAAAACAAACAGAUAUGGAAGAGAAUUUGGACUUUACACAAGAACAGGUGGAGUGCUGUGGUUGGUAUGCACCUGAAGAUUGGCUAAAUAAUCAAAAGAUCAAUGAAAACUCAUCAGUCAGCUUAUACCCUUGCUCCUGCAGAAAUGUGUCUGCCACCAGAAAUAACAUUGCUAAUGUCACAGAAAUUUACGAGGCCAGGAGUGGAUUCUGCACAACUAAAGCUGGGGAGAAGUGGCCUGUGUAUCAGACAGGCUGCAUGAACAGUAUUCAGAACUUUAUUUUAAAUAACAGCAUCUGUAUUGUUGGAGUCUGCAUAGGUAUUGCCUUGCUGGAGCUCUUUGUCAUGACGUUGUCGAUGUGUCUGUGUAGAAAUCUGGAUCAGAACUACAACAAACUUGCACGCUAUUCCUAGAAGACUGUUCAGUCGCCUGGCACAGUAUGAGAAAGGAGGAGGACAGUAAAUAAGCAUCAAGCCACAGCCAAGAAACUGCAUGUUCCUUUUCUGCUUGUUAUCAGUAUCUUACCCAUUCGGGGAGACCACCACCCACCAUAUACACUUCAGCUUUACUGGUUCUCCAUACCAACAAUAGCCAACUUUUCAAAUAUUUGGAGUCUAUGGAUUUGAGGCAAACAAACCACCAUAUAGCUAAAUGGUUAGCAAAAGCAGAUCUCCAUUUAAUAAGGACCUCACCAAUCAGACUUAUUUUUAUAUUUGGAAUAUUUAAACAAACCCUUACCGUUUGCAGUAUUUAGAACCCUAAUGGUGAACUAUCAUGCAGUGCAUUUUUAUGUACUUCAAGAGCCAUCAUUCUCAAAGAACAACUAAAGGAAUGUACUUUGUCUCUGGUACUAUGGUCAGCUCUCCAGUACAUGGAGACAUCUAGUGGUCACUAUGUAUAUUACAGAGUCUUGUGGUUUCUCAUUUGCUUACUUUUAAAGUUACUGAUGUUACCAAUGAUUCAGAUUUGAAGAAAAAACAAACUAUACAAUGCAGAAGAAAAGAAACAUGUUACUUCAUAGUGUAUUAAUACUCUUGUGAACAGAUUUCCACAAGGCCACUGUGAUUAGCAGAAUUGUUUUUUAUGUGGGUACUGCAUAUUGUUUUUCUUGGGCAUUUUUUUUUUGUUGUUGUGGUUUUUUUUCUUUUGCAUGAGUUAAGCAAAUUUUCCAUUAAUUGUUAGACUCCAAAUACAGACUCCUAUCUUUACUUUCUAGAAUACUUAUUUAGUCAGUCAUAUUGCAUUACACAAAUUACAUACAAAUUAGGAUAUUUUCUAGUUCUACUUUUUAGAAAUGUCUUCAUCCAAACUAGUCCAUCCUUUUGACUGUAAAAUUAUCCCUUUAAUUGCCUCCUAAAAUACUGUUUAGUUUAACCUCAGUUAUUUCUUAAAUGAAGCAUGAAUUCGAGGUAACAUAGAGACCAGUGCAAGAUGAAGGCAUCAUUGCAAUUUACUCCUGUUCGUUCUCCACCCCAACCAAUUUUCUUUCCUUUCUUCUCUAGAAAGACUGCUGCCACCUUCCACUACACAUGUUUAUGUCAGUGCCCCCAUUUCUAUUGAUGAAUACUAGGCAGCAGAACCCUAGUGCUGCACUCUCUAAGCAGCAGCACCCUUCCCACAGUAUCGCAACAUUUCUACACACACACCUCUAGCAGAGGCCUAUCCUAUUACAAAACAAAAACUUGGGAGGCAUAAGCAGGACCCUAGUCGAGAUCCCAGAUCACUAAUAUUGCAGAGUAGAUGCAGAAACUUUGUUUCAGAUGUGCUAAAUACACCUAGAAAUGUGGCUUUUCAUUAAAAUGCAACUUAAAGGAGAUUGCAUAUACAGUAUCUGUAAUCAGAGCAGAUCUCCACCAGCUCAUACCUGGCUCCUUAGCAUAGCAUGUUGAGUUCCAGCAAUGUGCCCUAUUUAUCCAAUUUCAUUCAUUUCCCUCUACAAUAUGAAAUGUCACUUUUGCUCUACUCCACAAAAAAACAAUGCGUAAUGGUCACUGACUUCAGACAGGAUCUGGACCCACUAUGGCACCUCCUAUUGGCCAGAGCAGACUUCCUCUCUGUAGACACGGUCAUCUUGCUCUCUAAAUGUAUGCCCUUUGGACUUAAAAAUACAAUAAAAAAUAUAUUGACAUUUAUGUAGUGCGCAGCCAUUGGACUUAAAGAUAGGAUAUCUCACAUUCGUACUAAAUUGGAUUGUAUAAUAACACAGGUUAUGUUUUCAUUGAUCAAACAUAAAUGUGAUUAAAGGAAAACUAUCUAGACUACGUUGUGAUGUGCUUUGGUUGUAGCAUAUAUAAAAUUUGACACACAUAUAUAUAUAUAUAUAUAUAUAUAUGUAUAUAUAUAUAUGUUCAGUUUUUAAACUACAGAUUUAUAUUUAUCACACUCUCAUGAAAACACAAGUGUAAUGGGUUCCUUUAUGAUAUGUUCUCGGCUCAGUUCAGGCAAUGGUCAUUUUCUAACUCUUAGACUGCUGUUCAGGAGAGCCAUUCAUUCUCAGAAGCUUGAUCAACACAACUUGAUUGUGGCCAAUAGUGAACUCAGCAUUAUUGUUUUACUAUUGCAUUAUCAUAUUGAUUUUUUGUUGUGGGAGCAGCGCAACCAUAGGGUUGGUCACAUACCCCAUAGAGUUCUCCAGACCCCUUUGAUAUGAACCCCUGAUGAAGUCCAUUUGGACGAAACGCGUUUUAUUUAGUACGGAUGUGAGAUCAUCAGACAUCUAUUGAUUGAGAGACACCAUUGGAUUAAGAAACUCUAUAUAUAGAAAAUAUCUUACCACUUAUGGUUUUGAUGUCUGUGUUUUAAUGUGGAUAUAUUAGUCAUAUGACAUUGACGCAGCAAUUGUAUCUACUGCGGUUCAUUGUUCAAUGUUAAUAUGUGAUUAAAUUGAAGUUUUUAA